AUGAACCGAAAUGAGAAACUCCAACUUGAAGAUGGAACUGGGAAAGUAGAUGAAAAAACCUUCAGGAGCAUUGUUGGAGGGCUCAUUUAUCUUACACACACAAGGCCAGACUUGGCCUUUUCUGUCAGUAUGGUUUCUCGCUUCAUGCACUCUCCAUCCAAGACUCAUCAAGGAGCGGUUCGUCGUAUUUUAAGGUAUGUGAGAGGAUCCACUGACUUUGGUUUAUGGUAUCCUAAAUCGAAAGAUGUCACUUUGUCUGGAUUCAGUGAUAGUGAUUGGGCUAGUUCUCUAGAUGAUCAUAAAAGUUUGUCCGCUUAUGUGUUCUCAAUUGGCGGAACUGCUAUUUCAUGGAGCUCAAAACAACAGCACAUCGUGGCCUUGUCCAGCACUGAGGCAGAGUAUAUAGCAGCCACGGGAGCAACAUGUCAGGCAAUUUAG